AUCAAAUCUCGCGAGAGAGCAAUCGUCCACAGGACUCUCGCUCUGGCUUCCGGCUGGCAGGUGGGCUGGUGGCGUCGCCCAGGGCAACGGCGAUGGCGGCCAAGGCGGCUGGGCGGCUGUUCUCGCUAGAGCUGCUGGUGGACUGGGUGCGGCUGGAGUUCGGGCUGGCGCCGUGCGCCGGGGAUCCCGCUGUGGCGUUUCGCCUGCUGGACUUCCCGCCGCUGCUCGUCCUCCCUCCUGCCGCUUCAGCCCGGGAGCCCCGGAGCGGCACCAUCGACUUCGGACGCGGCAAGGCCUGCCUAUUACGCCUGUGCCCUGCCGCCCUGCGUCGCCCGCGCCUGCGCGCAGCGGUGCUGCAGCUACCCGAGGGUUCAGCGUCUGCACCGUGCGUGCUGGGUGCUUGCGACAUCCUGCUCGUCGCCUCCCAGGGCCGACGCGGUAAAUACACCCUGCGCGGUCCGGCGGCCGAGCACGUCGGGGAAUUGGCGCUCUUCUACCGCCUAACUGACCUGGGACGCUUUCCCCCGGGGGUUCCGGAGCUGCAGGGCCCUCUGAACCCUGAGAGUAUCACCUCCGAGGCCAUGGAGGUGUGGGAGCCACCUACCCAGGAGACCUCGAAGCCAUGCACCAGAGAAGCCACUGUCAGAUGCCUACAGUAUGCCUCAGAUGUAUGCCGCUUGGAGGCCUCAGAGCCAUGCCCCAAGGAUACCAAUAGCUGGUCUGCAGGGGACUCAGACCCCUCAGCUGUCCAGAAGACCUGGGAAGAAGCAAUCUUACACAGCAAGGCCAGCUCUGGGGACAUGGCUUCUGCCCCUUGUUCACCGGCUCCCAGUGGGAGGACUGCCAGCCCCCUCAGCCCGGAGGUCACUGAGCUGGACUUUGAAACCAACACCUUUUGCCCCCCUCCUCUGUAUUACACUCAACUGAUUCAGGAAAAGACACCCCCUGGCAGGGUUGAAAUCACUAUUGAGCCUCAGAGAAACGGACCUGAGGAGCCUGAUGGCAUUUAUCCCGAAACUAAACCUGUAAGUCCUCCCAUACACCCGGUGAAACAUACAAGAUCUGCAAUGGAGGAGAGCCCUCCAGUGCUUCUCAAUCCUCCCCAGACGCAGGGUCCAGGUGCAGUGAAUGAGGUUGCGUGUCCCCAGACUGAACAGAAUACAGCCAAUGCAAUAAGACAGCUGCCGCUCUUGAACGCUUUGCUGAUUGAGCUGUCCUUGCUAUGCAACCAGCCCGUGGCAAGUCCCGCUCAAGUUCACCCCCACUUGGCCUGGUUGUACAGAGGUGAACACAAGGGGCCAGAGCUUUCUGCCAAGUCCACAUCUCGGUCAGAAUUAAAGAGCAGCAAACUUUCUGUGAGAGAAAGUGAAAAGCUCGUGAGUCUUCAGCCUAAAAAGAACCCUAAAGGUAAGCGUUCAGAGAAGAUCAGUGGUAGCCCUCCCCCGAGAGCCACGAAGGGGAGGCUGCUCUAUGGCUUAACGAACACCCUAAGACUGCGUCUAAAGCAGACAAACCCCGACAUGCUGGUUGUCCAUGAAAAGAGAGAACAGUAUAGAAAAUCACAAAUACAAACUGGGGGACCAAAAUUCCGGGUCCCAUCAUGGAAAGGGAAAGUACCAAGCUUGGCAACACAAAGCCAGAUGCCACCAGAGCCGCCUGAGAAGCCUUCCGACUCCAGUGGGUCUUUUGCUGAAGGUAGUGAUACUUCAAGGCAAAUCAGUGCAUGCUUUGAUGAGCCAAGUAUAAAUACAUCUAAAGCAGUGAAACAGAGCCAGGCUGAUAGACAAGAAACAGGGGGGCAGAGUGAGAACAGAGCCAGCGACACUUGGUUGGAAGCAGGUGUGGGUCCCAUAGAGUCCAUCAUCCCAGCGAGAGUCCCUCCUUCACAUAUCCUGGAAGGAGCAUCCAAAAUGCUGGUCCAAAGCCCAGGGCUUUCCCGACAGGAUCCUGCAGUUGACCAAACUGUGGAGGAGGGGAAAGAUGGUAGCCAUGUCAAAGUCACGGACCUUGUGACUUCUGAUGCAGGGGUCAACAGAGCAGCCAGUAGAGACAGUUCCUGCAAGAGCAUCUCAGAGCUAGAGUACCAGGAAGAGUUAGCCAGCCCUUGCUAUUCUGAAGACUUCUGCAUGACUGAGAAUAACAGCAGAAGUCUGCUGGCUCCUGGCUCCAGCACAGGGGCAGAAAAUGCCCAGCACGGUUCACAAGCAAGCAAGUCCAGCGAGGCAAGGCUGUCCACAAGGAAAACCAGCAGCGAGCUGAGCGUGCUCAGCCCUCCCUUCUCUGCUGGCUCCCCAGUGUGCUCCCGUAAGCGAUCUCAUGUACUGAAGACUCCCUGUAGGAGUCUGGAGGAAGCCUCCAGUAGCUCCACCAGCGACUUCUCAUCACAGUGGACAAAUGAAAAGGAGAACCAGGCAGAUGCUCUGAGUACAGGUAGUUCAAAGGUCAUGAGGACAGGUCGGGACAGCUCCACUAAACUUAAAGGAGGAGCUGGUCGCAGGUCAUCUGAGAAAAGCCAGUCACCAAGGACAUCGCAAGUGAGUUCUUAUGAACCGUCCAAUCUGUCUGAGCUAGAACUCAAGGGCUUUGACAACAGCGAGUCAGCUGAAUUCCAAGAGGAGGAAGAUAAUCUUGGGCCACUGAACUUCUCCAAACAGUGCAGAGACAUCUGUGAAUUAGUAAUAAAUAAACUUCCAGGAUACACCGUGUGAAGUUUGCUGCUUUCAAAAGCUAGUUUCUAACUGAUAAGCACUGAUCAUGAAGAAACGACGUUAGGGCGUAACGUCCGUGGUGGUAGGUGUUUAGGAGAUGUAUAUAGUUGAUCAUUGAUGUUUAGUGCCUCGCCCUUCACGCCGAUCCUACUCUGAGUCACUGUUAAGCUUAGAAUGAUUCUUUUGUGAGAUGUUCAAGAUUAAAAGUAUGUCUAUAUA